AUGCUAGAGAGGGCGGCGACUACCCUCGAGCCGUGCAGCAGCCUCCAACGAAUUCUCCCCUCCGCCAGACAUUGCUUGCAGACCCGCCGCCAGCUCCAUACGGCAUUUUGGCAGCAUGGAGCCUACGACUUUGAGCUUUUCGAUGCGUGCCAGGCCAUCCUGCGCGCUCCUCGGUCCGAACCUGCCCCGACCCGACCUUCGUCCAGAAACAAGCAAACUCCGGAGCCCAUGAUGGCUUCGGUAUUCUUGCUCGACUUCCUGUACCCGAGGGGUGCCGUGGCUAUGCUACGGAGGAUGUAUCCGGUCUUGCCGAAACGACUCGAACCAAUAGCAAAGGUCCACCAGCCAUUUUCUCGGCUGUUCAUGUCUUCAUAUCAGGACCGAAAUCAAGGGCCACCAAGCUCCCAGGUAGGCGCCCGAGGGCCGCCAAACCAGACGCAGACGGAGUAUUACGAGGAGGAUGGGGAGGCAGAGUUUCAGGCGCCGAGCUGGGAGGAAAAUGAUGCAGAGAGAAUUUGGGAGACUUUCGCUGAGCUGAGUCCGGAGGUGCAGAUGCACUUUCGACCAAAAGUCAUUCGCGCAUUGGCAACCUCGGCCCGCCCCUUGGAAGCGUGGAGGGUUCAGGAGUUGUUUGCGGUGUAUGAUGUAGAGGAGUGGACAGAGGAGAAUGUUUUGGCCCAGAUACGAGCAGACCUCGUUACUGGAAACCUGACCUCGGCUCUUGCGGUUUUCAAGGCUGGGUUGGAGCUGCAUGGCUAUGGUCAACCUCUCGACUUGCUCGUUGCGUAUGGCAUCUCGGCCAAUAACUGGGACUUGGUGAUGAAGGCUUGGAGAAUGUACACUGAAGUUUUCACAACUGGUGUUGAUGUGCCUGUUGCCUGGUUAUCGCUGCCAGCCGAGCCCGCCAUGAGUGGUGGAACCCAGGUCAACCGCUCAGGCGAGUUUUCUGCCGAUCUACUAGCUGAAGCUCCCACAAAUACGGUUCAUCAGGGUGGUGAUGUUCCCGCCUCAAUGAGACCGGGCAGUGGGCUGUGGAACUACGUUUCUACACCCGCCGUGAAGUAUACCCAGCUAUCCACGAUAUCAGACCUGCCUGCUCGAAUUCGACACCAUUUUGCAAAGCUCUCCAAGGCACAUCAAAAACUGCCCAAAGAACAACGGCCUUUGAGAGGGCUAUUCCGGCAUGUGGCGAGGAACUCAUUGCAUCUAUUUCAGCCUACAGUUGCCGAGUUGAUUCUGGAUCAUGCUGCGGAUUCAGCGUCCUACGAAGCGUACAUCGUCCAUCUCGCAGAGCAAGGCCGGGUGAAAGAGGCCGAGCAGCAGUACAUGAGAUAUAGAUCUCUGAAAGAUUUGAAACCACGGGCCGCCGUCUUGCAUGCCAUAGUGCCCGCCUAUUACCCCGACCAUGUGCAAGGCAUGGAACGUUUGCGCGAGGAUUGGUACCGGGGCUAUCCACACCCAGAUGAAGUGGCAUACAAAAAGUUCCUCACAUACUACGCCAAGAGGGGCGAUCUAAGGUCUUUUAUGAACAUGACCAAGGAAUAUGAGGAGCACUACGAUCCCAAUCUCCAAAAAGACCCCAUGUAUGUUCGAACACUCAUGCAUGCCCAUGCGGUACGUGGAGACCCCGAUUCUGCUCGGCUCGUCAUGGAGGAUGCUGCCGAGACUUUGGGCUACCAGCCUGGUCGCAUGGAGCAGAAUAUCUUGUUGAAGGCUUACUACAAUGAGGGUGACUACGAUGCCGCUCUCGAUCUCUUCUCACGCAUGUGGGAGAUGAACAAUGUGGAUCAGUACGCUCUGACGACAGUGAUGAAGAACGCCGGCUGGAGAGGUGAUCUUUCCUUCGUUCUCGAGCUUUUCGCAAUGGCCAAGGAACGCAACAUCCCCUUCUCGCUUACCAUGAUGACCUGCUUGGUUGAGGCCUAUUGUAAAAACGAUCGUUAUAGCGAGGCCGAAAAUCUUGCUAUCGACAUCACAAAGGAGAACAAGCUCGAAGGGGACUAUGUUCACAUGUGGAACUUGCUCAUCCGUUUCAACGCCAAACGUCGAGAUUUGUCGGCCGUCAACCGCCUUUUGGGGGCCAUGUCACAGCGAAAUGUCACGUACAACCAAGACACAUACAGCGGCCUUCUCCUGACUCUUCUCUACUGCCGCCAAGCACACCACGCCAUGCAUCUGCUCCACGUUGCCCGGACGCAGAGUGGCUUCGAACCGACUGCUCACCACUACACGCUUCUCAUUGCCGCCUUCAUGUACAGUGGCGAACCGAUCAUGGCGCAAAAGAUUCUCAAGAUGAUGAAGGACAUGAACUUUCCCCAGUCAGCCAAGCUCAUGGCGACUGCCAUCAGCGUCCUCAGCAGAUACGAGGAUAUCCCACCAGCCUUGAGACACGAGAAUGAUGCCCGUGGCUAUCUCAGAAGAGCACUGAAUUACUUCUACCAGGUCCUCGACCUGGAGAGAAAGGGCUCUCCCGACGCGCGGCGUGACAUGAUCAACAUCUACUCCAAGAUGACCUUUGUCCUGACCCAAAUGCGGCGGUUCACCACCAUCAAGGACAUCAUCGCCCUUCACAAUGCGCGAUGGCCGCGGCAGUCGACCUUGCAGAAAGUCCCGCUCAAGCUGCUCCACGACAUCAUGCUGGCAGACUUUCACGAGGGGAACUAUGACCGACUGCAAGAGACGUGGGAUAUCAUCCUUGAGCGCACGGUCAAGCGCGGCAUGUCGGUCAUGGCUCAGGCGGGUCCGAUGUCUCAGGAGGAUCAAAAGGUCAUGGUGGCGCAAAAGUAUAGGUUGUGCGACCCCCUCAAGACGAUGCAGAGGUUUUAUCUCGAGAGUGAGGAUGCUGAUGGGCUUAUCAACCUCAUUGACACUGUCAGGGCGAAGGGGUUUGAGCUCGACAGCAAAAACUGGAAUUACUACGUCCAGGGUCUUGCCAGGCUGAAGCGGUGGCGAUUAGCCUUUUCGAUUUGCGAGGAUAGGUUGAUGGGUCAGUGGCUUGGCUGGCAGACGGACAGGGCGGCGAAUAUGGAGAUGUGGAAGCUACCUGUGGAGGUGAGGCGGUUGGCUAGCGAUCCGAAGAGGCCGAGGCCGAUUGCGCACACGCUGUUUAUUCUUGCGAAGGAGUAUAUGGACCUGGAGAAGAUCACGCCCUGGUCGAAUGAUGCGUUGAGGGAGUUUAGGUUGAUCAAGAAGAGCGCGCCGAGGGUGGUGCAGGCUAUCACGAACAUUGCGGCGGGGCAUCCGUUGGAGAGGGAGAUUUUUGGGGAUGAUGAGGGGUAUAGGAGCCGGUUGAAGUAUGUGCCUCCGCCGCUGGAGAGGAGGAGGAGGAGGAGGAGGGAGUUGGUCGGGGAGGAGGGGGAGGAGGAGAUGAGGGAGAGGAAAGCGGAGGCGCAGAAGGCUGCGCUGGCGAGGCAGCAGGCCAUGAUUAGGAGGAUGGCGGAACGGAUUGCUGCUGAGCAGGUUGCUAAAGAGCAGGCUGGGGAGGUUGAGUGGGAGGAAAGAAAUGGGGAGGAGGUGGAGGAGGAGGGGGAGGAUGAGUACUAA